CACCCUGGAAGGGCACCCUCUCCUGUCCACCCAGCUCCAGGGUCAUCCUUCCCAGAUUCCUUCUAGAUUAUAGCAUCUUUCAAGGGCGGGUUCUUGUUAAUGACUAUGACCACUUCUCUGACCAGAAAGGGGUGGAAAGGUGAAGGAGGCAGGAGUCCUGGCAGGGAAACGAGACCAUAAAAGUGGGGUGUCAGAAGGGCAGUGGGGGGCAGGGCCAGCUGCCCAGACUGGGGAUAAAAGCCUUUGCUGACUUGACUAGGAAGUGGCACCACCUCUAGCUCCUUCGUGAGCCUGCCCAGCACCCUCCCUCCAGACCUCACGCUCGCAGCCUCCAGCCCCAUGUCCCUGAGGGUCUGGGUCUCCGCGUGAGUGGCUGUCUCACUGCCUCAGCCCCUGGCUGUGUGGUGGCUUCCAUCUGACCCGCUGUCUCUCUGCACCUGCAACCCCAGCCAGCCCCAGAAUGCUGCUUCUAUUCUCCGCACUCCAAGUCCUGGCUGUAGCCAUGGCCCAGAGCCCAGAGAACGACAACAAGAUAAUUGGCGGCUACACCUGCAUCCAGAACUCCCAGCCCUGGCAGGUGGCUCUUCUGGCUGGGGCUGGACGGCAGUUUCUGUGUGGUGGGGUCCUGUUGUCAGACCAGUGGGUCAUCACUGCCGCUCACUGUGCCCGCCCGAUCCUUUAUGUCGCCGUGGGCAAGCACAACCUGAGGAGGUGGGAAGCCACCCAGCAGAUACUGCCCGUGCAGCGCCAGGUGCCACACCCCGGCUACAACGCCAGGACCCACAACAACGACCUCAUGCUGCUGCGACUGAGGCAGCCUUUGAGGAUCGGGAGGGCAGUGAGGCCCAUCCCCCUGGCCCAGUCCUGCGCUAGCAAAGGGACUCCCUGCCUAGUAUCCGGCUGGGGCACCAUAUCCAGCCCUAUCGCCAGGUACCCCAAUGCUCUGCAGUGCGUGAAUAUCAACAUCAUGUCGGAUCAACAGUGCCAGCAGGCCUAUCCUGGCGCCAUCACUGCUGGCAUGGUCUGCGCCGGAGUCCCCCAGGGCGGCAAGGACUCUUGUCAGGGUGACUCUGGGGGACCCCUCGUGUGUGGAGGAAAGCUCCAGGGCCUCGUGUCCUGGGGGAUGGAACGCUGCGCCCUGACUGGUUACCCAGGGGUCUACACCAACCUGUGCAAGUACAGGAGCUGGAUCCAGAGAACAAUGCAGGGUCAGCGACCAUAGAGUCACUGCUGGCCAGCUGGCCCAGCCCUCCUCCCUCAGACCCAGGGGUCCAGCCCCGCACCCUGACCCUCACUCCAGGCACCACCCCUCUUCCCAGGGCAGCUGUUCAGUUUUCUCUCCCCUCGUUCACAGUGUCACUGUCAUUACUCAGGACCCCCUUGGGCACAGAGAGGAGGAGGUCUUCAUACCCAUAAGAAGACAAUUCUCAAAGUUCUUACCAUCUCUGAAAAUCAAACAAACAAUAAAAGCCAUACAAC